AUGGCUUCUCUCAUCAGAAGAGUGACAUUCCAGGUUGGUCAGAACCCUGCAGACGAAAGGACGCUAACAUUGUCCUCGACGUCUGCGGAAGGAUACUUCAUAUCGUUGAGGCCUUUUAUCCAACCAAAGGAGUCUGAACUAGAUUUUCCAUUUGAAUGGGCGUUUGCGGGACCUGCGUCUAGCGCUAAAAUUACGGAAAAGGAUGAAUUGGUCAAGGCCAUUGACUUCAACUUUGAAUUCGACACGAACGUUCAAUUGCACAAGGAAAACACCCACAGAGGUGAAAUUAAGACGGUCUGGAAACAGUGGGAGAGCGGGCUUGUGGAAGAAAGGGGUCAAGUGUUCCCAUUUGGCGCCGGAAAACAGGCAAUUGAUUUCUUCGAGCUGUGGCAACCUUUGGAUUCCACGAGGGCUGAGUUUGUGAUCCUAAAUGAGGCGCAUGCUGGGCAAAAAGAACCUACUUCUGUCGUAUUUAGCGUGGAUAAAGGCGACUUCAAGGGUCUAGUGGUCACUGUGGGUAAAUGGGCUCAAGGCAUACUGUUCAAGAAGGAGGAGCAUUCCCUGAAAGGGGUAAACUUUAUUAGAGCCGUCGAGCAAAAGGACGGGCAAUGGAAAACCCUGCUAAAGUUCGGCUCUGACGCUGACAAGUUCCCACUAGGUUUUACUGCCACCAAGGGUUCCACUAUUGAUUCUGGGGCAUUGGCCUGGGAAGUGGUCGAGUCCAACGCCUAG